AUGUUGCCAUCCGUGAUAUCUCUUCUAUAUCUAUUACAACUUGUUUCGUCUCUCCCUCAUGCCCCCUCAAUUCUUUCUCCUCGGGGCGAUGUUGUUGAAUGGACUGCCCUAGGUGACAGUUACGCUUCAGGAGUCGGCUCUGGCGAGUAUGGAGCAAACAGUUACAGAUGCCUGAGAUACGAUCAAGCCUAUCCCGUUCAACUCAACGGUGCAGAUCUGGAACUUGGCGACAAUUGGAAAUUCAACAACGUUGUCUGUUCUGGCUCGUCGUCAGCGGACGUCGAGGCAUAUCAAUUCUAUGACAAAGAUACAUCCGGUCAGCCGAAUAGGCAGUAUGGUAAGCUGAACCUAAUUUUACUUCCAAGCUUAUCGAAGAAGAGAACCUGCGACGAUCAACGAGCUUUUAGCUGGAAUUUAAUCAACGCCCCGAAACUCGUGGAUGAUAUCGACCAUCUGAUCCAGAUGACUGUAACCAGGGGCCGAAAAGGCACUGUCGGCGACAAAUUCAAGCUAUACGUGGCUGGUUUCGGGGAGUUCUUCAACUGGGACGACCCUGCCUGCGAUACGGUUACUUUCGCUCGAUCUGCCAAUCCUGUCGACGACGGGAAAGACCACGUGAAGAUGACUUCAGCAAUCCGCCAAGACUUCAAUGCUAUGAGCCGUGGCCUCAAUGCUGCAAUCAAAGCGGCCGUGGACAGAAAUUCGGCCAAUGGCGUCAAGUUCAUCGAUAUCCAACAAGGAGGUCCGGGCCUGGAUACACACCGCUUCUGCGAAAAGGAUGCCAAUGAACCCAAUCAGAAUAAUCCGAAGCUAUGGUUCUGGCAUUAUCCAUACAACGAGCCCGAGGAUCCAACCGUUGACAAAGUUCUGUCCGACGCAUAUGCCAAGACUACCCCUGGCAUGUCCGCAGAUGACAUCAAUAAGAAAUGGCCGAUGCAAAACGAUCUGUUUGAAGCUGUUCUCGCUAAUGUUGACCCGGGCGCAGAGGGUCUUCUAGAUCCCAUUUGGAGAGCCGCGGGAAAUCGCUUCAAAGUGUUCCACCCGCAGCCAGCUUUCCACACUGUUAUAAAGGACCUCAUCCUGGCUGAGUGGAAAGCAGAUCGUGACGUUGACUCCGCUCCCCCAACUCCACCUGCGGGACAAGACAAGGUCCAGUGCCAUGGCAUCAAUGGCGACGUCUGGAUCAUGCACCGCGACACCGCCGCCCAGAACAUCAAGGACUUCUGCGCCCAAGCUAGCAAGUCGGUCGAAUACAACGACGGAACCGUCGACCAGCUGCGUCUUUCCGUCGACUUCCCCAGCGACGAGAGCCAAGGCACCGAUAAAGCCCCCGACUGCGCAGGCCGCAUCACGCGCGCCAUCCUCGACGGCUGCGACGGCAAUGACCCCAUCAACAACCCGCACAACUACAAGUUUGGCGGCACCUUCACCAGCGCCGACGGGUGGGUGUACAAGCUCGAAGCGCUCUCCCAGCAAGUCAACGACCUCUCGUGCGACGUGUCGUACAAGUUCGUAUAUGACGGGUUCGAGAUCCGCGGGAAGAACUGGCCCGACGCGACGUUCGGCGCUAAUGGGGAGGGUUUGAAGAAGCAGCUGGAUGGGUGCGGCGCGGUGACGGAUUGGGGCUUCGAGUGGACGCCGAAUGAUGUCAAGUUCCAGUGGUAUGCGCAUGGGCACUUGCCUAUUGGGACCAAGGCGUGUGUUGGGAGGGCUGCGAAGUCUGCGGGUGCUUCGGGGGAUGGUAAUUGUCAUGGGGCUGGGAAGAGGAGCGUGGAGUGGUAG